GGUGAUUCGGAGCAGACGAAACGGACAGCCCUCUAGGGGGCCCUAAGAAUCGGAUAAGGCCUUCCCCCACCCCCACCCCCGCGUUCUUAAAAGGGACACCCCUCGCGGGCCGUGCAGUGGGAAUUCCCACCUUUCCCCGCCUUGGAAGGAACCGCGCGCCCAGUCGUGGGAAGGGCAGCUGCUGUUGAGAAACCGGGGUGGCGGCGCCCCCCUUCCUUCCCCACCACCAACCCAAUAGUUUUACUAUAUACAUCGGUGUUAUUCUGCAUAUCUGUAUUUUUGUUUGGUGGUACCUUUCACUUCAAAUAUGUGAAAAUAUAGCAAGAUGUCUCCCCUUUGGACUAUAUUAUUUCUAAUCUGUGUAACCAAAUGGAUGAACAAUUAACAUAAAGCUGCAGUCCUAAGUAUGCUGCCUGCUAGAGGACUCAUUGAGCUCAAUGGGAAUCGCUUCAGACUGGGUAAAGAUGGUUAGAAUGGCACUGCAGGACCUAAAAGUGAAAGGCCAUCUUGAUCUACCUUCUGAGAACAAAAAGGCAAGUAUGACUUCUUUGUUUCUCCAACUAGAUAGUUAGGUAGGACUAUAGAACUCUUUCUGUGGGAGUGAUUCUGGGGUUGAUGUCGGCAAGCCGCAUCAAGCCUGGCAGGAGAGCUGUCAAAUGUAAAAGGUUAUCGCGUGCAAUGCUGGCAAGCCACAUUGUACGUCGGUAUAAGCAUACACGUAUCUAUAGGUUAGGUCAUUAGGACAGAGCAGGGCAGCAGGUCACCAUAGGACUGGGCAGAGGUGGGGAGAACAGGAUGGAACUGGUUUGGGCAAGUUAUAACAAGGGAAGCAGGUCCAAGCCAGAGAGGUUGAACCCAGGUCGGGAGGAAAACAAUGGAAUGGGGAGGAGAUUCUGGGAGGCUAGCAGCAGUCACAAGAUUGAGGGGAGGGGGAUGUGUAAAGAGUGCACAUGUGACAAGGAGGUGUUUGAGGGAUACGUGAGGAUCAGGCACUUCCCUUAUGGAGGGAAAACUGGGUGUUGGCAGGAUGUGACACAUGGGGAAGUUCCACCUUUUCUGGGAUGUCCUGACUGUCAUUGGAGGAAGACUGCACUGGUUGUUAAUGAUUUACUUGGUUACAAAAUCUCAAUAAAAGGGGGCUCCUGCUUUUGCUCUGGGUCACCCCCGGAAUAUACUACCUUUGUGUUGCGUCUGUUUGCCACCUCAACAUUGGUGGCGACCCCGACGCGAUCGCCCUAUUCAUAAGAGACUGAGAUAGUCUGGAUCCUCAGCGCAGCGCGCUCAACGUGAGUAUGGGACAACAGGAAUCAGCUCAGCGACUGCAGCACGCGGAAGAGUUGAAGGGGCUUAUAGAAGCCUCUGGUCAGGUAGUGCAUAGUGUGGAAUCACUAGUGGAAUUAUUGGAGGAUAUAGAGAGCUAUUGCCCAUCCUACCCGGAAGCGGGCUCUUUAAAUCUGCGGGAUUGGGAGAGAAUAGGGAUGGUGUUGUUGACCUCCCCCCGUGCGUCCAUAGCGACUGUGUUGUUGUGGCAAAGGUGUAGAGACGCGAUAGCAAAGGUAGGGAUUGCAUUGGGAUCUAACCGAAAGAGAUCAGUAACCAGCAAUCAGGGACCAUCCCUGCCCGAUUCUCGGCUCCAAGGGGAGAAGGUUAAAACUUCUCCAGUUUCAGCCCCUAAGGCAAAAACAGCUACAGUAGCUGCUAAUGCAGAGACAGCAGGGGUUCAGGAUGUUAAUUCCUUAGACUCUCCAUUGGCCCCUGAAAAGCCGAUGGUGAGCGCAGUGUGUAAAGGAUUUCAGAUGGAAAGAGAUAAGGGAGCGUUGUCUAGCGAGGAGUUAGAAGCGGGAAUGCAAGCUUUCCCUGUAACUCAGGUUGUUAAUGCCCAGGGACAAGCUCAGUACAAUUGGUCUUCUUUGUCGUAUCAGAUUAUGAGGGAACUUAGAAAGAGUCUGAAAGAGACAGGGUUACGCUCCACUUUUACAUUGGGGUUGCUUGAAAGUGUCAGUAAUUCUUAUGACUUGAUACCCCAGGACUGGAAGGAACAGCAGAAAGGAACUUUGGCAGGACUUCCUGCCUUCCUCCUCGCUGCUUACUUAAAUGUCCCGCGUGCCUCAAACUGUAUUGCCGGCUCCUGUGCUGUAGAGCAUGCUGGAGACUGGGUGAUUUUGAGUGAGCUGAAAAGGGCUCUCUUUGCGAAGGCCAACAGCAUUAAGCUCACAAUGCCUGAGCAAAUGUUUCCUUUUAAUCCAGGAAGGUGAGAAGCUUUGAUCUGCAUUCCUUUCCUUGAGGUAGUUUAAAUGGUUAAUAGAUAUCUGGCUGUGUCUUCUCAAAUUGCUUAAGGCUCUCUUUAAAAACAGAGGAGCCUGCCUAUUGUCAUUUUGCAGUUUUUCAGUCUGCUUAAAGUAGCCAGUUCAGACUGAAAACCUAAAAUAUCUGCAGCGGAUUGUUUCUGAAGAAAAUACCUUUUUUCUCCUCACUAAUGUGAAUGAAGGAUUAUGUUUUCUCUCCCCAUGCCAGCUUUAUUGUCUUUUCUGAAGGGUUCAGUGCAAAUCAUUCUGCUUGCUUGUUGGUUGUACUGUACUACAAAUUCUUUCCCCUCCUUUUCUAAUGCAUGGUUGCCCUAUACCCACUUAGGUAUUAAUAGGUUUAGAUUUGGUUAAAGAAUGGGGAUUGCUGGAAAACUCACUGUUUACAUUUGUUUUCAAGUGCCACCCAAUUCAUUGCCAGUAGCCAAUUCCAGAGGAUUUCACUGCUUGCAUUAAAUGAGUCUCCAAUUGUAGAAUUGGUAGUUGAUUUCCCAUUUAUAGGUGUGAACAUGGAAAUCUUACCUCUUCCUCUGUGUAGUCUAGUUAAAUCUGAUUUCUAUUUCUGUGUAAGAAAUUUACUUCUGAUUACUCCUUAUAGAAUUUUUCCUUUUCAGGUUCUGAUUAAAAUUCAUUUUCAGUAGGAAUUCCAGUAAUACUGCAUUUGUUAGAUGAAUGUUUUUCCCCUCCAAGACUUAUUUCUUUAUUUUAGCACUGGGUGAGCUUUUAUCAUAUCUGGAGAUGUGUUUAAAUCCUACUUCUCUGUGUGUGAGAGUUGGCUCAUUGUUUUCCUUUCACAGGUUUGCCCUCUGCACAUGCUCAAGCGAGUACCAGUUAACUGUGAUUUUUCUCUGAAGGAAGUUCCAGGAACAAGCUUGUUUGAUUAAUAAUAUUUCUUACCUACAGGAGUCAUUGUCUCUUGAUUUAAAGUAUUUUUGUCUCAUGAUGUUUAUUUCUUUUGAUUGUAUGAUUUUUCUUUUAUCAGCUAUCAAACACCUAACUAUUUUAUGUUUCCUUCUUUCUAAGAUGGUUUGAUUUUUCUUAGCUACAGCAGGUUCUAAGCCUUUACAUGAACAUUCUUGAUUCGGUUGUAGUUUGGGAUUAAAUUGGUGCAGAUAGUGGAUUUUCUGUGUUGACUUGACAGUAUUCAUUUCUUCCUUAAUUGCUGAAGUAUAUAGAUGCAGCUUAGCCAAACAGUUUAUAAGGUAUUUUUCAGUUCAUUUCUGUAGGGUAUGUGAAUGCAUAACAACCUAUUAACAUUUUUCUUCAACUUAGCACUUUUUGCAUACUUUAUUUUAAUUGUAUCCUCUCAUCAUUUUGAAAGGCAUGGGACCUCUGCUUUGAUUUCUCCCUUGUGUACUUUCUUGGGAUUCGUCCUGCAAUAGUGCUUGGGUUUUCUUUUUCUCUUAAAUGUUAGAUUCUUGGACUUUCCUAUGAUCUUCCAGGCCUCAAAUUCUAUUGAAGAUUAAACAGCACUGUUUAACUUUUCUACAGAGAGUGCAUGUACCAUUCCAAGGAUGGUUUUCUCGUUUCUCUGACCUACAUCAGUCCAUUCAAAAGCAUGGAUGCUCUUCAUUUGAAUAUCUUUUGUACUUUAUUGCCUAUUUCUUUGGUUCUGCUUUUAAGAAUUUGCUCAACAGAGAGUUUGAUAUUCUGCAGCCAGGAGAACCUGUAAUUGGAGUCUUUCAGCAUUUAAGAAUACUUAUAUUUUUCAUUGCCUCUUUCCAGACUUCCCUCUGCUUUUUAUGUUUAUAGAGGCAGGAAUUCACUAGUCCAAACUGUAUCUCAACAUCUUAGCAUAAGGUUCUGUGGGGACUGCAAAACACAGGAGCAUUGCAGGAUUACAUGCUAUUGUUGCUAUGCACAGUCUCAGGGCUUUGUCUCUGAGAGUAAGUCUCUUGCCAAACACAAACAAAAAAGGAGGAAUACCUAUGGGUCUUCGGUAUUAUUUGGGUCUUCAGUAUUAUUUAUAUUAAAUCACAUUUCACAUUUCACAUUUCACAUUAAAUUUAAAUCAUUUUGAAUAUUUAAAAACACAUGGGGGAGGGGUUUCGCAGCUGUGUUUGAUUCCGCAGGAAAAGCGAUUUGGGUCCCUGCGAGGUGUGUCAAGCCCUGGAAAGAUGGCGUGGCGACAAGGCCUGAAUCCACCGCUGUCCAGUCUUCAGGAUCCAGUUCCGGACUUGGCGUCACUCCAGAUUCAGGAUGCGCACAGGGAUCGGGACCGGGCUCCGCGACAGCAUCACCAGCCGACGUGGGGGACAAUUAAAGCGCUGUCCUCGCAAGCUGUCAUUCUGCUCCAGGCGCAUGGCAUGGACCUUACGCCAGACAAUCUUUUGCUCGCUGCCUUUUCCUGCCUUGCUGCAAACUCCGAGAGACUGCGCACUAGCAAUGAUCCGCGUUCGCAAUAAGGACAGUGAGAACUCUGAUUAAAAGUUUGCAUAAGAAGUCUUCCUUCCGUUGAAGGAUACAGUUAAUUUCGUUUCAACGUUUGAAAAGGAUUUUUAUGCUAUUGAGCCCUCGCAAGUUGAGAGACUGAGCUUUCUUGCAGCUGCUACAUUUAAGAGACUGUUGCAGUAUUCUAUUUAAGUUACUUGUAAUCUUUUCUACGAUAGGAAGGUUGGAUACAAUGUUAUUUAUGUUUUAUACUAAGGUUUACAUGUUGCAAGGUGUGGGAUGUUUACUGUUAAGAGGUUUUGGUUUUGACAGCCCAUGCCCAUAAAAGUGGCAACUGUUUCAUUCUUUGGAAAGGUGGAUACAGUAUGCACAAGCACACACUCACCCCAUUAGUCCCAGUUGUACAUUUUAAUAAAACUAAGAAAGGGGAGAUGUGGGAGUGAUUCUGGGGUUGAUGUCGGCAAGCCGCAUCAAGCCUGGCAGGAGAGCUGUCAAAUGUAAAAGGUUAUCGCGUGCAAUGCUGGCAAGCCACAUUGUACGUCGGUAUAAGCAUACACGUAUCUAUAGGUUAGGUCAUUAGGACAGAGCAGGGCAGCAGGUCACCAUAGGACUGGGCAGAGGUGGGGAGAACAGGAUGGAACUGGUUUGGGCAAGUUAUAACAAGGGAAGCAGGUCCAAGCCAGAGAGGUUGAACCCAGGUCGGGAGGAAAACAAUGGAAUGGGGAGGAGAUUCUGGGAGGCUAGCAGCAGUCACAAGAUUGAGGGGAGGGGGAUGUGUAAAGAGUGCACAUGUGACAAGGAGGUGUUUGAGGGAUACGUGAGGAUCAGGCACUUCCCUUAUGGAGGGAAAACUGGGUGUUGGCAGGAUGUGACACAUGGGGAAGUUCCACCUUUUCUGGGAUGUCCUGACUGUCAUUGGAGGAAGACUGCACUGGUUGUUAAUGAUUUACUUGGUUACAAAAUCUCAAUAAAAGGGGGCUCCUGCUUUUGCUCUGGGUCACCCCCGGAAUAUA